AUGGCAACGCAUGUUGAAGACGAGGCGGACCGCCCUGAGGCGCUUUCAACGCAAAACACUGAUAUACCCACUGGUACCACAGACCAGGAGUCGCCACCGUCUACACAAGCGUCAUUCACGCCAGUCAGAAAGACCACAAAUCGUCGCAGAGUUAGCAGAGAAGCGCCACUGAAGGCGGGCAAAGCGAACGAUGCCACAUCUUUCAUCAACAAGGAUAACCCAGAGGCAACCAUUGCAGCGUACUGCGGCUGCGAUGAUGUGGGAAUUUUUCGUCGAUUCUACACAAGUGCCCUGGUUCUACCGUACUAUGUCAAGAGCCUUAAGUACCGCGGCUACGGGCGCCGGACAGUGCUGUCGCUACUGGGGGACCUUCCGUACGAUCAAUACUGGGCGUCAGAUGAGGACCCGGAAGAGGUAUAUCCCCUCACAGAUACAGAGAAGCGCGGCUCAAACUUCAACUAUGGCAUGGGCUUGAUUCUAUGGCAAAUGCUCCGCGGGAUCAGGAAAGGCCUUUCUCCCAGCUCCCCAAAGCUCGACGAGGGGGAUUUCACCCGUCAGACAGGGCGCUUAUUACCACAAGCGUCGCCGCUGAACCCAGAGGAGACACCAUCAUUCGGUCCAUUCGCUGGCGAAUGUGAAGUAGAGGCAUUGAACAGAUGCCUUUGCUUGCUGCAGCAUGUUAAGUACACGACAAGCAAGUCACAGUGGGAGAAGCGAUUCUUCAGUGCGACACGAUGGGACGCUUCGAAACGAAUUUUGGGUGACUACGCGCCUGAUUGGAUGCGUACCAUCGAUUCGGUUGAUGCGCUUGAAGCGCCAGACGAGUUUAUGGGGUCGUCCGUGGUUGAAGAGACAAAAAUUGUGACUGUUUUCUGGAAACAAGCCUCCAAGCACAAGAGAAACGCAGCUUACGUGGAAAAGCUCAGGGAAGAAGACAUCCUAUUGGAAGUGCCAAAGUCGGCGGAGAUCACAUUUACGGCUUCGAUGCUAGGCCCUGAGGUCCGCGACCGAAUUCGCGAGGCCUUCAAGUUACACCAGUACGAGGGUCAGCUUGAACAACUUACCCUGAUGAUGGGCAACGAAGGGAUGCCCGCCCUUAAUGCUGAUUGGGAGACUGUCUUCAAAACCCUACAGCAGCACGCAGAUGCUACGUUCUCAUGCCUGCUUCGAGAGCGAGACGAUGGGGAGAGCCCAUGGGAGUAUGGUGGGCCACCUGCCACUUUACGCGACUUCCUAGAGGUCAAGCAAGACGAUGUCGCCCCAAAGCAACCGCAAUCAUCUGAGCAGACCGAGCGAGUGCAGCGCCAAAUCUUUCAGCUGACGGUCCCGAAGCUAGAAAGUACUUUUGAGCCACUCAAAUUGUUUGGCAACGACAAGGAAAGACUGAAAAAGGCCUAUGGGGGGUUCGACGUGAGCCUUAUAGAAGAUCGGCAGAACUGGCAACUGAAGUUUUUGCCCCGACUGUGUGGUACUGAACAAGUGCGUUACGUUGAGGACGACAUGUUGAAAUCGUUCCGAAAAUACAGCGAGAGCCGCCAAAUGGCGCUCAAGGCCGCCCAUAUGGACGGCGUGAUGCAGGCUGUAGACCUGGAGCAGGCCGAAGACGAUAUUGGAGAUGCAGAAAAAGAGCUUUUCGAGGCCGGACGCAAGCGCUACUACGCAUAUCAGACGGCCAUCGGAGGAGUGGCAUCAAGCGCAGGACCUCCGAUCAAGACAUCAGCGUGCGCACUACGGAUGGAACUGGUUAAAGGAAGCACUGAAGAGCAGUACACAUACACUCAGUAUUCCAAAGAACAAGUGGAUCGACACCCGAAACCAUAUCAAGUGAAUGGAGCGGCAUGGGGCAUGUCGACACUGUUUGGCGAAAUUCCUUUCAACGAUGAGGUGUCGCCUCAAGUCCGAUCUGCCGCUAGGAAGCUGGGACGCUUGCCAGUCCCAGGACUGCUGUAUCUCGAUCAAACUGGGAUAGGAAAGUCGGUACAAUCAUUGCAAGUUGCACUCGGUCUCGGAAGGCCUUUCGCAAGAACCACCGCCAGUGGCAAAUUCACAUACAAGCCUAUGAAACUUCUUGUCCCACAGAACCUUAUAAGACAGUGGGCCCGCGAGAUCUUGUUCUACUGGAAAGUGUUCACGCUCAUUAUUUCAUACGACGACGGAGGAAUGGAGCCAUACCUUGCUGAACAUGUCGUAUCUUCAACGGCGGUUCGAUCUUGGCCGAACAAGAAACUGUGGCCAAAGAAAUACCAAUACAUGUUUGAUAAACAUGAUCCUCGAAACGCCAGAACAAUCGUGCUGACCACACCGGAGACCAAUGUAGAGCGUUCACUGGUAAAGGAAGAGAUCAUACACCCAGCCAAGUCUUUUGACCCGCCCAAAUUCGAUAAAGGCGGCAAGGAGAUUUUCGAAAGGGACGAGAGAAUAGAGUUCAGAUACCACUCCCGAUUCGCUGGUGUCUACGCCGCGGUCUUCAUUGACGAGUCGACCAAAGUGAAAACCCCGGGCAGCAAGCGACACAUGGCCGUUAAGUUACUCAAGGCUCGGCGCUGGAUUUUUAUGACUGCAACGGCCAUGGUCAAUCAAGGGACGUGUAUCUUGGGCCCAUUGGACAUUAUUUGGCAAACAAUCCAGGACAUUCUUGCAAAGGAGAGCAAGGAAGUGCGCGCAUGGUUUGACAAGCAUGUCGGCAGUUUAUCUGUGUACACCGAGGCAGCCACGCUGGAGAAAGAUGACAUUCGUCGACUAGCACUGUUGAACCCUUACUCAGCGAAAAUUCUACUUCAGUCUGAAAACCGGCCGAUGAUUGCAAAGUACUAUCCUCAAAUUGAGGAGCUUUGUGUUCUUCGGCGCACGACCGCAUCUCGGAUACCCAGGGACGAAGCUGGAAAGGACUUUUACAACCUCAGGGACCUCAUCAAGCCGCAUCAUAUGUUAACGAGACAAGUCAAGCGCAAUGCAGGCGAGGAGGCUGAGUUUCAAUGGCUGCAUCGAGAUGCCGCACAGCGGUUCCUUGAAGCGAAGUCGAGCCCUGAAAAGGCAAAGUCUGAAGCAGCGUCAAGUCUUGCCGACGAGAAAGUAGUUUACGGCACGGCUGAGAUGAGGGAGCUCAUCAUAAUUACAGGAUCUACGCAAGCUGCGAAAUUCAACUUGAUAUGCUCUGAGCUUGAGUCAGACACGCUAGUGAACAGCCUCGAUGAGCAUCGUUUACAUGGGUGGAACGCCUUCAAUGUGGUCAAGUUCAUGUGCCGUGCCAUGAAAACGACACCUCCUAAGACGGCUUACGGUUAUGCUGAAUUCAUGAUGCAAGGAUCUCCUAUGCUCCGCGGACUUGUGCACGAAGUCCUUAAGCACGUCAAAGAAAAGCGUCCAGGCAAGAUUCUGAUUACUGAGGAUAUCCCACUUCUGGCAUGGUGGUGGGAAAUGACAUUGAACCUCCUUGGCUUUAAGACGGUCACUUUUCACAGUGCCUUGACAGCCUCCGAACGUGACAAGACUAUCCAGAGGUUCAAUGACCCCAAGGAUGAUCUCCAAGCUAUGGUUCUCCCUUACGAUGUAGGUGCGCUCGGUUUAAACUGCCAGGGGGAUUGCUCCAAGGUUAUUGUGAUGUCCUGCGCAAAGAACCAUGGCACUGAGACGCAAGCUGUGUUCCGGCCUGUGAGAGUGAACUCACCUCGCGAGGUAGAGAUCAUCAAAAUGUUUGUGAAAGAUUCAAUCUGCGGGUAUCGCGAGAGCAAGAAGAGUGACAAGUACGUUGUUGAGCUGGCGACGAGGGCACAAGACCCUGAGAUCCGAGCUCUCGCGGUGGAAAUGCUCAAUGAGUACCACAAAGAGGUUCAAUCGGCCCAAAAGGACCCCGAGAACGCAGAGUUGAUGGGCUUGUUGGGCAAGGAACGUGAUGCAAGCCUCAAACGACGGCGUGAGAUACAGGAGGAGGCGCGAGCAGCAAACACGACGGUUCCAGAGAGCACGCAAGCACACAUCGAUCUAAGCAACAUUGUGGGAUCGAAGCGAGAGAGAAAACGUCCCGAGCGCUUCGGGGAUGUUAAAUGGUCUGAUAGCGGCAAGCGUCUUGGCACCGUGUCCGAAACAGAACGACGAGCUGCCGAAGGAUUGUUUGAGGACGAGGACGAGGAAGAUGGAAAGAGCUUUCCAGAGACCCACAAGUAUGAUCCGUGGAAAGAGGUUAACUGGGACACUGAUGACGACGACGUCUCUGACUACGAAGGCACCGAUGUCAACGAUUCAGAUAUCGAGGAAGAGAUCAGGGAACGGCCGUUGACUGACAAGCAGCAAGCCAAGACUGAGGCCAAGGCCGCCAGAAUGUCGAAGCCAAAGGUGGAUGAAGCAGCACGUCAGCUGGCGAUCAAGCUGCUCGACGACUUCAACCGCGUCUACACAGAUGACGAUCUUGACGAGGACGUGCACCUGACCAGAGCUUUGCGAUUGAUUCAUGCAAAGAAAGUGGGCCUUGCAUUUGACGACGUACCUAGUGUGCAUAUUAUGUACACGAGAUUCUCUGGCGACAUGCUAGAGGCUAUCAAGAAGAAGUCCAAGUUGGAGAACAAGUCCAAGCCUCUACUAAAACAUAUCUUGAGUGGAGGACGCGCACAAGAUUUCGUUGCGCCCAAAAGCAACAAGAGGCAAUCAGGUGGAGCAGAGUCAUCUACUAAGCGGGCCAAGGCAAGGAAUCCGUCUGGGAGCGCAGGGUCAUCUGGAGCGGCGGGAUCGUCUGGGGCGGCGGGAUCGCCUGGGAAGUCUGGGAAGCAGAAAGGAAAGGCUCGUGCAUCGUGA